GGCACAUUAAUGUUAAAAAUGGCGGCUUCAGCUGGCAAAAUAUAUUGUCGGCUUCCUAAGAGUAAAUUAGCAUUAUUUGCUAAUUUAAAUAUUUUUCGAAAAGAUGGGAUUGCUCUGCGAUACGUUGCGAAUGAGAGGCAAAUGCACUCGAGUGCUUCAUAUUUAGCAACAAUAAAACUUGAUAUGCCAUCACUAUCUCCAACUAUGGAAAAAGGCAAUAUUAUUAAAUGGUACAAAAAAGAAGGAGAUACUGUUUCACCUGGUGAUGUGUUGUGUAAGAUAGAAACAGAUAAAGCUAUGAUGGAUAUGGAAACAGAGGAAACAGGAAUUCUUGCCAAAAUAAUAGUUCCUGCCGACUCAAAAGAUGUCCCUAUUGGUUCUCUGAUAGCACUUUUGGUGGAGGAAGGUGAUGACUGGAAAAAUGUUCAAAUACCUGCUGAAGCAGCUGCUAAGCCUCCAUCAAAACCUGCAACUGAAACCCCAACACCUGUAGUUACAACAGCAGCUGUCCCAGCUUCACCUCCAUCUGCUGCCCUUUCAUCAGAUCAUGGUGAUCACAGACAUCUGGUUGGUCCUUCUGUAAAGAAACUGCUACAAGAAUAUAACAUAAGCUCAAAUGAUGUUCCAGCCACUGGUCCAGCUGGAGCUUUAUUAAAAGGGGAUGUGCUCAACUAUAUCAAUUCAAAGAAACUUAGUAAGUCUGUAACACCUCCAGCAGCUAGCACUCCAUCAACACCUGCACCUAAAGUAGAACCAGCCGCAGCACCAGGGGCUAAUUACAUAGACAUCCCAUUGACAAGUAUGAGAAGAACCAUAGCCAAGAGACUAACUGAGUCCAAGUCUACUAUCCCUCAUGCUUAUGCCUCAAUAGAUUCUAACAUGGGAGCCCUUACAGAACUCAGGAAGACAUUAGCAGCUGAUGGUGUGAAAAUAUCUGUGAAUGAUUUUAUUGUUAAGGCAGCUGCUUUAGCACUUCAGCGUUCUCCAAAAGUUAACGCUAUCUGGGCCAAUGAUGGACCCAAACUAUCACAGUCUGUAGAUAUUUCAGUGGCUGUUGCUACACCAAAUGGUCUGAUUACACCCAUUGUUAAAGGUGCAAGUUAUUUAUCAGUGGAGCAAAUUAGUAGCACAGUGAAGGAAUUGUCUGGCAGAGCUAAAGAAGGGAAGCUUUUACCACAUGAAUAUCAGGGAGGCAGUUUUAGCAUUUCAAAUUUAGGUAUGUUUGGCAUCACAGAAUUCUCAGCCGUCAUCAACCCACCACAGUUGGCCAUAUUGGCUAUAGGCACAUCUAGAACUGAAGCUAGCAUGAAAGGAAACCAACUCAAAAUGACUGUCACACUUUCCUAUGAUAGCAGAGGUUUAAAUGAAGUUGAAGCAACAAGGUUUCUGGAAGAAUUUCGCAAUGCAUUAGAAAACCCCCAAUUCAUGCUUGGUGGUACAAAUUUAGAUUCAGCAGCUGAAGCUUUUGCUUUUUGAGUCUUAGUUUUAGUUGCUGUUGUGAUUAUUAACAGUAACCCUGCUAACACUUGUCAAGUAUGUUCUACAAAUAGAUGAUCUAGUUCACAUUUACUUGAUGUAGACUUGCAAUGACUAUGUGAUGGAAGAAUGAUUGUACAUUUAAGAGUUUGGAAAAUGAAUUGUAUGGAUUUAAUAAGUAAAGAUGUUUGGUCUUUUAAAUAAUAAUUGCUAUUUAUAAUAAUUGGUUUCUGUUUCACUGCUACUGUGAAUUGUAUUCAAGUGUUGAUACAAUUCAAUAUUGUCUCUAGACAAUUGAAACUUAUUCAUACUAGAGCUGGACUAAUUGAUUAAUGAAUGUUAUAUUGUACAAAUGUUUAUAGACCUUAAAUAAUACUAUUUUUAGAUUUUGUUUAUUUUAUUUAUUUCAGUUUUUAAAGAAAAACUUAUUAUUAACAAAUUGACAAUAAAACAAGUCAAAUAUUUUUAUAUUAUAUUUUUAUGUAAACUUAAUAUAGAUUAUGUCUAGAUUCUAGACACUGACUGAAUUGGUAGCAUCUAGCAUGGAGGAGCUGAUGGUAUCAAAAUCACGAGUUCAAUACCCAGUUAAAGCUAAAAAAAAAAUAUUUGUACAAAAUAUUUUAAAUUGUAUAAUGGAGGUAUUGUCUUUUUAACAAAUGCAUUUUUAAAAAUGUUUUUAUCUGUUUAUAAAAUGCAUUUAAAAAGUCAUCCCAGUAACCUACAUCCAGAUGAAUGCAGUCUAGAGUACUAUAAAAUACUUGAAUAAUUUAUUAAUCAAGUCAGUGUAUGCAUUAUGUCAUCUUAUUGGUAAUUUUAGUUGAUCUUUUUAGUGGAUGGAACUUGGGGAGGCAUUGCAUAAUGAUAUGAGUUUGAAUUCGAACUUUGAAGUUUAAAAUUAAAGCAUCUACGAAACAGAGUACACUAUUUAGUGCAGUGAUGUUAACUUGCACAAAUUAGCAUAAACAAAAGCAAACCAGUUCUGAAUAUAUUUACACAACUUUAUUGAGUGCAUAUAUCUGGCAGGACUAACAAAAUGUCCAAAGAAUACUUGAUGCUUCUUCACAUACAUUUGUAUUUUCAAACUGAAACUUGAAGCAAACAUGAACUUUUUUUUUCUUCCUAAGUGCAAAUGAUCAGAUUAAAAUAUAUUUGAAAGCCUCUCAUGCUAAAGCAGUUAACAAUGAAAACAUGCUUAAAAAAAUAUUAGCAACAGCUUAUUUUGGUUAAACCCAACAUGGCCCAAUUUGAAUAGUAAUGGGUAAAGUGGGGAAAAAAAAAAAAAAAAGCUAACAAAGCCUUUUGUCUAAACUUACUAAAACAACAAACUUCAUGCAGAUGAAUGUAACUCAAAUACAUAGAUUUGACACUGGCUAAUUGUAAAUCAAACUAAUGUAGGCACACAGUCAUUUGAUGAGGCAAUUAACAAGGCUAGAGAACAUUACAUUCAUUUUAAUCUAAUUGAACAGCUUUAGACUUUGUCCCCCAGGUAUUAUCUUGUUCUAUAUCACAAUGCAAAAUGAUGUAAAUACUAAUUUAUGAAUAAUAUGUUUAAUUCUAUGUGUGUGUGUGUGUGUGUGUGUUGAUUAGAAUAAAUUACUUGUCAAAAUCAACCUAACCCUAUCAGUUGAAAGUUGAUGUUGACAAUUUCAGAUUGGGAUUGAGAUCCAAAUCACCAAGUAAUGUGACAAAAGGGUUAGGGACUAAAACAGGCUGCUUUCCAGAAGGAAAAUGUAUGUACUGACCAGAUUGCCACACUACUCAUUAACAUAGAACAAUCCAUUGCACAUGACCUUUGUAAAUUUUGAGUAAGCCUUUGACAGUAUGACUGACAUAAUUUGGAGGUUGAUGAAUCAUUUUGGAAUUCCAACAAAGUUCACCAACAUCAUACAACAGUUGUAUGAUGGCUCAUCAUGCCAAGUAACACACAACUAAUCCUUUUCUAGUUUAAACAGGAGUAAGACAGGGAUGUAUGCCUUCACCCUUGAUAAUUUUUAUUGGUGAUUGAUAAGGCUAUGAGACAGUCAAGUAGGGUUAGCUAAGACAGUGGAAGUGAUGACUAUAAACAAAAUCAAUUAACAAAGCUAGAUUAGCCUUCACCACUCUUCAAACUAUCUAGGGCUCCAAAACACACUGAGACAUGGAGAGCAACAAAAACAAUAAUUAAAAACUCCAGACCUUUGCCAACAGUUGCCUACGCUGGAUAUUGGGAAUGAGUGGACUGAAAAGGUAUUUACUGUCAACUUGGAGAGAACAAAGCAAAAACCCAUAGGCAGGGAUAUUAAAAAGUGGAAAUGGAGCAGGAUGUUUCAAGGCAGGCCACUUGGAAUCUGGAAGGAAAAACGUGGGCAGACCCAAGCAAACCUGGAUGAGGUCAGUUAUCAGCGAAGCUGAGGAUACUGGGAUGACAUGGGAGCAGAUGAAGAAAGCUGCUCAGAACCAAAUUUGGUGGAGAGAUGUGGUUGCAUCCCUAUGCUUCCCUGGGGGUUCACAGGUAUAAGUCAAGUCAAUGUGACUUGCAAUAUAUGUGAAAUGGUCACUGAAAAUUAUUUGAAAUAAUGUUUGAAGUUUAAUUGGAAUAUUUUGUUAGUUGUAUAAUGUUCAAAGUACACAGAUUAAUGAUGAAAGGUUAAUAAAACAAGAUAAUGCCAAGGGGAUGACAGUAUUUAGAAAAAAAAAUAUUGUACACUUGUCUUCAGAGAGUCAUUUGUAUAUGUCAUCAAAUGUAUGUAUGGUAUAAUAUUUUACAGUUUACUGUUUUUUU